GCGCAGGCUGCCCGAGUGCCAACAUCAGCUUCAGCUGCCUACUGCGGAGGAUUGUUUUUAUUUUACGCUCUCAUCUUCACCCUUUCGGCUGUCGCCCUCUGUUCUCUUUCAUUCCUGACGGGUUGUCCUGCAGAGGGCGCUCCGUGGUGUGUCAAUGAUGCCCUUUAAUGGAGUGUCAACAGUAGAGAUUAUUCUCCCCAUAUUUCUGGUGCUCUUCCUAUUCGCCUGCUGUGCCGGCCUUGGCAAAGCCUGCUGCUGUCGGAAGGAAAACGAACCUCCACCUGAACAAGUGACGCCAUACAUCAUCCAGGUGCCCUAUGUGGACUUGACAGGCAUCCAGCUUCCUGCACGGGUGCAAGAAAUGGACAGCCCACCCCCCUACAGUGAGGUUGAACUGAAGCCAUACUUGUUCCCUCUGGGCUACGAAAGACCCCCAGCAUACGAGGAGCAUGAUGCUCAGACAAACAUACCGAGGAUGCCACCACCGCAGGUUGGACACUAGAAUGCUGCCAGGCAACAGGGUGCUGGGUUGGCCAGGGGGUGCAGCCUUCCUCGUCGUCACUAACCAGAUGGGAUAUGCGGCCACUUUGCCUGAAAGACUAGGGGAGGAGGAGGAGGAGGAGGAGGAAGAGGAGGUAGGCAGCUUGCCAUACAAAGCAAGAAGAUGGCAGGCAUGGAGACGAAGUGCCACAGCUGUGUCAUCACACAUUGGCGCAUCCUUCUGGUCAACUUGGGCAGCACAUCUGACUUAAUGUUGUUAUUAAGCUGGACAAAUCGAGGAGGAGGACUGGCACCCUGCAGGCCAACCCCAGAAACUGUUAAUUUUGUCAUUUUGCACAAAUACCCCAUUCUGGAGGGGCUUCAAUCUGGUGGUAUUCCUUUAUUUUUGUGUUUUUUCUGGACAAAUUGAGCUUUAAGAACAAAAAAAAUUGUGCGAAUGGUGGAGAGACGAGAAGAAGCAACGAGGAUACAAAGCUGUGGGGUCGCUGCUGAGUUCCCCUCUGAGUUUCAUUCCUGCCCUGAGGCCAGUGCUACUGGGGCGGACCCCGACUCCUGGAGGAGCAGGUCAGAGGGUUGGAUGGACAGUGGUCUUGGGGAUGGGGGGUCACACUGAGGAUGUGCACAGCCUUUAUUUUGUAUAGUGCCAUGUUGACAAGGCGCUAUAUGAAGUAACGACUGUGGCGUCUGUUGAAAUCUUCUCAGUUUUCUUGAGCUCUGAAUGGAUCUUCUGCUGCUAAUCUUUGUGCCGAACAAAAAUAAAUCAACGA